AUGCCGAUACGGUUUUCUGACAAGGUUGAUUCGUUGCAUAUGCUCAGGAGCUGCUGUGCGUCAUGUACAGCACGGACGUACAACUACCUGUGGGAGCUGAUAAAGAAAUGUACAUUUAUCUCGUACGAGGGAGAAGAGGCGGACACGCGUGAUGAUGUGCUACCCUUCGACAAUGCAAAGGAUAUAUUGGUGCCGUAUUUGAUACCCCAUGGCAUUGCUGACGGGGCGGUCAGGCCCAAUCAGAAGCAGUACUGGGCUCACUUCAGGUAA